AUGGAGACAGGAGGGAGGAGGAGAGUUGAAGGAGAACAAGAAUUUUUCAGCUCUUUCUGGGGAGGAAGAAACUUGAAAAGAAGGGAGGACGCCGGCUGCCAGGACUACCCAGCGAUCCUUUUGACCGCUCAAGCUGAGUUGCCGAGCCACUGCCCCGGCCGAGAGAAGAAUGUAAGGCAGGCUGGAAGCGGUGGACUCGAAUUGAACUCGACCGCAUUCGCCGCUGGAGGUUCCCCGGAUUGGGUCCGGCUAAGUCUUACGUCAUCCGUUCGCACCCUCCGAAAUCGUCCAAACAGUGAAGGGCGGAUCAGUUGGGAGGGAAAGCGAACUGUUUCCCUCCCCAUUACCUCUUUUCUUUUUCGUCGUCUCUACUACUCACCAUCGACUCUUUUGCUCCCUCUGCGUUGUCCGUCGUUUUCCCGCAACAUCGGAGCUCCGCCAUAG